AUGGCGAAGUGCGAGAUCCAAGAGUUCGUUAAAAACAAAAGGUCUGUAUUCGCAGCAGCGGAAAUAACAUACUGCCGUUUUAUUGUACAUGCGAGCCCGGCAGCCGUAUCUAUCGAACAAGAUAAGAAUAACCUCACAUUUUGCCCCAACGCACGUAGUGCCUCAACAAUGAACGGCAGGAGCCUUAGCUUCUUCGUGGCCUUUCUGGCAGUCGAAACUGUGAUCAGCCAAACAAACGGUGAUUGGGACAACCCUGGCAGUGCAAGUCACCAGACCGAGUGCCGGUCUCUCGGACUCGACGGCCGUCUGGCUCUUGUUACCGGCGGUGCCAGUGGGAUCGGCAGAAGCGUCUGCAUGGUGCUCGCUCGAGAGGGCGCCACCGUCGUCGUAGCGGACAGGAACAGAACGGGCUCUGAUGAAACCAUACAGAUGCUGCAAGCCUCAUACGAAGGCGAUCACCGGGCCAUCUACGUAGACGUUUCCAAUCCGACCGCCGUAAGCAAGCUCUUCGAAGAGAUCGAGUCGUCGUUUCCGGGCAGAAAUAUCAGCGUCGUGGUCAACAGCGCCGGCAUCCCUGGAGUGGUAGCGCCGAUCGAAGAAAUAAGCGACGCCGAGUUUGACGAUGUAAUCUUAACCAACCUAAGGGGAACGUUCCUCAUAGACCGAGCGUCGGUGAGGCACAUGCUGUCUAACAACGUCACGGACGGCGCCAUCGUCAACAUCGCGAGCAGCCUAGCAGACACUGGCUUUGCCACACUCCCCGUCUAUUCAGCCUCCAAGGGCGGCGUCGUGUCCCUCACCAAAGCUGUGGCUCUUGAAGUUGCCAGCAAAGGAAUCCGCGUCAACGCUAUGCUGCCGGGCCCCGUCGACACGCCCUUCUACGCCAACUUUUCUGCAGAGCUGGUGGCCAAAGUUGCCCAGUCAUCUCCCCUGAAGCGCAUGGCACGGCCUGAGGAAAUAUCUGAGACGAUUGGGUUCAUGUGCAGCCCCAAGAGCAGUUUCAUGACGGGCGCGGCUGUCGAAGUCACCGGAGGAAUAACAUCAUCGGCCUCUAUACCCUGA